AUGGCCGCCGUCGCUUCACAACCUCCUCGUCCGGGCGCGAGGCGUUCACCUGCAGGCACCCCGGGACCUACCCAUACGCCUUCGUCUUCGAUAUCCAAAGGGGCAACCGCGCGUUCUGCCGUCUCCCCUCGCGUAAAUAGCUCGCUUGCUCCGGGUCGGAGAGCAUCACUGAAGGCUGCCACCCCCCCUCGUCUCAAUGGCGAGACGAAGGAGUCCCUUGCGGACUGCUUACGACGCGAGACAGACGAGAAGGAGCAGCUUUUGGUGCAAUUACAAAAUAAGGAGCAGAUCAUCACGAGUCUGACGACCGAGAAUGACAAUCUCUCUUCCGCUCUUAACGCGGCCGAAUCCAGGCUCACCGAGCUCUACGCCGAUCAAGGGCGCAUGGAGGAAGAGAUGGCUGCCAGGAUUGACAUUAUCGAGAAAUUGCGAAGUCAAGUCCGGGACCUGGAAAAGGAGAAGAGAGACUUGCUGCGUAGGUACAAUGAGCAGACCUCGACAUUCGAAGCCGAGAGACAGGCCUUCUAUGAUAACGAGCAACAUCUAAAGUCUCGUAUUGCGUCCCUGACGCAGGUACGCAAACAGGAGGUGCCGACUACUAGUGCGUCCGAGCCCGAGCUCGAAGCACAGGAAGAGGAAGAGGAAGCCUCUAAUGCCACAAAGGAGGCACCCCAGCCCGAGCAGCAGCAGGAUAUGAACGAUCCGGAGACCGAGCCAGCUGAGAUGACUGCCUUGAAGCUGGAGCUGUCGACUUUAUCCACUUCAUAUUCCUCCCUGCAGAGUACCCUCGUACUCUUGCAAUCCCAGCUGGUCGAUCUCAAGCGGGUGAAUCGGGAAUUGCAAGAGGAGAACGAGAGUUAUAAUAUCUUGCUGACGGAAAAGACUCUGAACGGGCAAUUCGAUCUGUUGAAGCAAGUAGCCGCGGCAUCCGCCAGUACUUCGAGUGACGACGAAGACGACGAACUGCCGGACAGCAGCGAGGUCGACCAAGGCAGUCUGCGUAGCUCUGCCCGAAGCCGUCUUGACAAAGUCGAGGAAAUCGCGGAGGAGGAAACUCUGGAAGCUGAACUCGAAAGGAGUCUUGUGCCCGAUGAAUCCGAAGCUGCGGCCCAAAGCGCGAGGAAGCGCGGCCACCGCAGAGGCGCUUCGACGUCUUCGAAAUCCCACUCGCCCGGUCCGCGCGGCGAAUCACUUGCGGAUCUUCCCAUUACUGGGCCUGGUCUCGAUCUCGCCGCCGAGCUCGGACGUGCGGAGAACAAAGACAUCCUCGAAGGAAACGCGAUCGACGACCGGGACCGCUCCGUUGUCAACGGUAAGCCGAGCAAGCGGUCGAAGAAAAGCAGCACCGAGGCUUCCCGCAAGGCCUCGACAUCGGGCGAUGCGGCGGAAACGAUACCAACCGACUUGGACACGCUGCGCAACGAAGUCAAGUCCUUGAAGGACGCCAACAAAGCCUUGUCGCUGUACGCUUCCAAGAUCAUCGACAGGAUUAUCGCGCAAGAAGGUUUCGAGCACGUCCUGGCUGUUGAUUAUGAAAAGCUACCUCCUACCCCAAAUCCCAAGUCGCCCGGCUUUACUACCUUCAAUAGCCCCCCGCCGCCAUCUAAGCCGCGUCCGCAAUCUGCUAUAUUCGGUUUCGGUACCUCUUCCACGGCGGACAAAUCGACUUCUCCUACAUCACCCACGCCUACCGCGACCAAUCCUCCGAAUCAACCACUUAACAGGCCCGUCACAAGAAAUAGGCGUUCCCUUUCUUUCGACUGGCGCAGCUUCUCGAUGUUUGGAAGUGAUAAGAAACAAGAUGUACCCACGCUUCGUCCUCUGACCCUUAAACCGGGGUCGAGUGCAGUCACCGGCGCCAGGAAGCUGGAUACCCAGGAAGACGAGGAAGAUAGACGCGAAAGGGAGAGAAUGAUCGCGACGAUGAAGCUCAUGGGCAUCGAGAAGCCCUCAGUGACACCCCCACCCCUCAUACAAAAGAGCAUUUCUGCUCCGGCCCCGCAGCCUGGAGUCACUUCUCCGACCCCCUCGCAUAAUAGUUCCAGCAGCGCUUCCCGAUUUUCGUUCUUCCGCUCACGCUCUGCGACCACCUCUGAUACAUCCUCCCUCAACUCUUCCAGCGUCCAACUCGGUCAACCACCAUUGACUCAAGAGGCUCUGGAACAAGCUGAGGCGGAGAAUAAGCUGGCCGCGUUGGAUGCCCACGAGCGUGCGCUCAGUGCGGAAAUUGCGAAAGGCGCUUCGGGAGGUUACACCGAGAUCACUCGGACCAGAAGAAGCCGCAGAAGCCAUGGCGAUAGUGGGAGCACUGUCUGGAGUGCCGGAAUGAGCAAGAACGGGGAAGACGGCGACGAAUAA